AUGGAAGCAGAAUUGGACAAAUUAAGAGUAGUAUUGCUUCAACAGGAAGGAGAGUUGAACCUAUUAAGGCAACAAAAUCAACAACAACAACAACAACUGCAACAACAACAACCAAUCCAGUGGCUGUCAAACAAAGAUAUCAUCCAGCAGUUUCGCCAGCUAAGGCAGCUCGACGACCAACAUGAUGUGUUAGCCUUUAUAAAAUCUGUGGAGUUCCUCAUGACAUUAUGCCAGGGAAACGCAUUACUGAUCCAGUUUGGCACUAGCAUAGUCGCUAAUGAAAAGGUGUCGGGAACAGCAGCAAAUUUCAUCAGACAAUUGGGGAUGGAGCCUAGCUGGGACCAAAUGAAGACCAAACUGAUGGAGCAAAUGCGACCCAGGACGACCUACGAGGACGUAUUCGAUAAAUGCAGAUUCAUCAAAAUAACGUUGACACUCCUCAUCAUGUGCCUGCUGCCAACACUGUCGACGGCAAUGAUCAACAUAACCCCGAUCCAGGCUGAAACCGGAUUCAUAUCGCUGGGGGAAACGAAAUUAUUAAAACUAAAUGAGGAACAAAACAUUGCCGAAACUUGA